AUGCCUCCAAAGAUGAAGCUAUUAAAGAAAAAACGAAGAGGAAAAAUGGGCGUUUUCGCGGUUCCAUUGUUCGAAGAGGACAACAACUCGGCGAAAUUCGGACGUCUUUUUAGUGAGAGAGGCGACAGCAGCUACACACAGGAGAGUUUCGAUGAGACGGAUUGCAGCUUGGCGAGGCCACAAAGUGCGAUGAGCCCCCUAGCUGGCAAUUCUCCACAAAAUCGACAUUCCGAUGAAUUGACAAGAGUGUUAAAGAGAGGCGACCACAGCCAAAUACGAAAAAGUCUCGCCAAAGAGGGGAAAUCGACUCGAAACAUUGAUCAAAGAUUUCUUUCCACGUUACGUGGGCUUUCCCGUGGGCCGUUGAAACUGCACAAUUGCCGGCGAUUACGAAAAGGAUUGACGCAUAUUAUUAGUGAUUGGAGCCACGUCUCAUCUCUAACUAUCAGUCAAACGAAAGCUCUCAAUGCACAGGUGGCGGCAGUGGAAGCUUUUAAUACGGCACUCAUCGCCGAUUCUUUGUGUGAUAUUCGACAACGAGUCAAUUACAUCGUCGAUCAGAUUGAGCCGAUUCUCAUCCGUGGUACUCAUCUCGGCACGUUGCUCCAAUUUCUCCUUCGAUCACUACGCGAUCCACAAAGAAGAGAGGAUUCGAAGAGUCGAUACAGGAAAUGUAUAAGAGAAUUGAACGAACGGGUGCGGACAACGAUGAGCAGUCUCGACGUGCCGUUAAUCGAUUCUCCG